AUGAGCCAACGAGGCAGCUAUCGAGGUGGUGCUGGAAGAGGAGGGCAAGACAGAGGUGGCGCUCCAAGUUAUCGAGGUGGUCGAGGCGGUGGUGGUUAUGACUCUGGCUUCCGUGGUCGGGGAGGCCCACCAGGAGGCAGAGGUCGUGGAGGCUUUAAUCAAGGUCCCAUUAUCUUCGCAGAGGAUAAACCUGCCCAACUCCCUGCUCGUCUCAGAGACGACAGUCAGAACCAGCUCAUACAAAGCUUUAAACGCGCGCCAGCCACUGCCGAACGCCCUCUUCGUCCAGGCUAUGGAACCUUGGGUACCCCGAUUAUUCUUCGGACCAACUUCUUCGCCGUUCGACUUCCGAAAGGACCUGUUUACAACUAUACGAUUGAGAUAUCACCCCAGAAAGCGCUGGCCAGCCGGAAGGAACGUCUAUUCCAAUUGCUGGAGCGCAGCCCUCUUUGUAAACCUCAUCUGCCCUACAUCGCUCAUGACAAGAGUGAGCGGUUGGUAUCCGCCAAGAAGCUACCGCAGCCUCUAGACGUGCAGGUUACAUUCACAGAUUUUGAUGACACGGCUCCAGGGGAUGUUUAUACGAUCUCGAUCAAGUUCGAGAAACAGCUGGAUACCCAGGACCUUACCAACUACCUUGAUGGCAGUGUCAAAUACAAGGACCACGACAUCCUCCCAUUGGUCUCUGCUUUGAAUCUGGUGCUCCAGCAGCAUGCCGGUCGAAAUGGGAUCCGCGUCGGCAAGAACAAAUACUUCUUCCCAUCGGACUUGACGCCCAAACUGAACAUCGGUCAUCCUGGUUUGUUUGCCAGACAAGGCUUCUUCGUCUCUGUGAGGCCGGCGUUCAGGCAGCUCGUCGUUAAUGUAAACGCGUGUAUGACAGCCUUUGUCGAACCUGGGAAUCUAGCACAACGCCUCCUCGAGUUCAGGCGGCAUUCUGGAACCAUGCCAACGUUGCCAAAGGCUAUGAUCAAAAGUAUCAAAGUCAAGACGUUGCAUCUCAAGCACAAGAAGAAGCUCAAUGACAUUGGGACCACCACCGCUCGCGCCACCUAUUUCCAAUGCGAAGAAUUUGGCGGAAAGAUCAGCGUAGAGCAGUUCUUCCGGAAGAAAUAUAACAUCACCCUGAAGCACGCUGCAGAUCUACCUGUGGUUGACCUUGGCACCAAGGCGAAGCGCCAAUGGAUCCCAGCAGAGCUCUGCGAGAUCAUCGACAAUUGCGUGUACCGUGACAAGAUCGACAUUCGGCUCAACGCAGAAACCAUCACCGACGCUGGGUUCAAACUCCUUGGUUUCUCCCCUUCAGCACAACCCAAAGGCCCUGUCGGCGCGAAUGGAUUCGGUAUGCAAGUCGACGAGGAGAUGUCGGUCGUCCCGGGGCGAGAGCUUCCACCUCCAGCACUCCACUACAAAGAUAAGAAUCGGCCACUUCGCACCAACAACGCUAGCUGGAACAUCAUGGAUGUACAAUUCAGGAUUCCGGCUUCCGUGCAGACGUGGUGGGUGUUGGUCCUGCGAGAGACGGGCGGUGACCCUCCGUACCGGGUCCAAAGCAACCAAGAUCCUAGGCUACGAGACCUUGUCACUCAAUUCCGCGACAAGCUCAAAAAAAGCGGUAUCAACAUCCCCUCGGCCAUGCCCCGCUUACUGCCGGUUGUCGAUCUCCCAGACGUGCACGACGAUCCUGGACGCCUUCGAGCCUUGAACUUCGUCAGGAAAGGUCUGGCUUCAGAGAUGGAGAAAACCACUCCUCAAACUAGGCCCAGCUUCAUGCUGGUUUUAUUGGAGCAGAAGGAAAAGUACAUCUACCCGGGGAUCAAGCGGAUUGGAGAUGUCGAGUUGGGACUCUUGACCCUGCACAUGCAACUUCCCAGAGUCUUCGGAGAUUCGCUUGGGGGCACCAAACGAGAUCAAUAUCUAUCCAACGUCGCGUUGAAGGUCAAUACAAAGCUUGGCGGCGUCAACCAUAUGCUGGAAGACAGUGCAAUGGCGUGGUUGAGGAAGAAGAAGACGAUGAUGGUUGGAAUCGAUGUGACUCACCCGAGUCCGUUGAGUAAGGAAGGGACCCCAUCUAUUGCCGCUGUCGUCGCUAGCGUCGACGACAACUUUGUCCAGUUUCCUGCCAGCCUCCGCAUUCAGACGAGCAAGAAGGAGAUGCUCGACGAGCUUUCGGAUAUGUUUGUGGAACGUUUGCUACUGUACGAGAAGAAGAAUCGAUGCCUACCUGAGAGAAUAUUUGUCUAUCGAGAUGGUGUUUCCGAAGGACAAUUUGACCAAGUACUCGAGCGAGAGUUGGUGCAGAUCAGGGAAGCGUGCAAGAAACUAUCGACGAAAGAGCGCAAGGUGCAAUACAAGCCGUCCAUCACUAUCAUCAUCUGCGGAAAAAGACACCGUGCGGAAUUCUUCUCGACCAACUCACAAUAUGCUGAUCGAAACGGAAACACUCGUCCAGGGACGGUCGUUGAUCGAGGCAUCACCGGAGUUUUCGAUUUCGACUUCUACCUUCAAGCCCACGCCGGGAUCCAGGGCUCAGUGAAGGCCACGCAUUAUACCGUAGUGCACGACGAGAACUCGCUCACUGCCGACGACAUUCAGCAAGGAACUCAUCACGCCAGCUAUCUUUAUGCCAGGGCUACCAAGGCUGUUAGCCUUAUCCCGGCAGCAUACUACGCUGAUCUGGCUUGUGAGCGAGGAAGGUGCUAUCUGAACGAAUUCAUGCUAUCAGACCAGGGGACUACAACCGCUGGAGACGAGUCGCCUUCCCAAGGCCGUAAAAUGGGCAUUUUGGACAGACAGAGAGAGAAAGAGGAGAGGGAGAAGAGAGUAUAUAAAGCGGCCGAGAAGGCUUGGGGCGCCGGGCUUCAUCCCCGAGUCAAGGAUACGAUGUUUUAUAUCUAA